CUCACUUAUGGGUCGGAAGCGCUGCGUGGGGGAGAUUGUUCCAAGAUGGCGGCGGGUUGCUGUGGGGUGAAGAAGCAGAAACUGUCCAGUUCGCCCCCCUCCGGCUCGGGCGGCGGUGGUGGCGCCUCCUCCUCCUCCCACUGCAGCGGGGAGAGCCAGUGCCGAGCCGGGGAGCUGGGACUAGGAGGCGCCGGGACGCGGCUCAACGGGCUGGGCGGGCUGAGCGGCGGCGGCGGCAGCGGCGGCGGCUGUACCCUCUCUCCCCCUCAGGGCUGCGGCGGCGGCGGCGGCGGCGGGGGCAUCUCGCUGUCUCCACCUCUGAGCUGCGGAGUGGGAACCCUACUUUCUACUCCAGCCGCCGCCACUGCCUCCUCGCCGUCCUCCUCGUCCUCAUCCCCGGGCUCCAGGAAGAUGGUGGUGUCAGCGGAGAUGUGCUGCUUUUGCUUCGACGUGCUCUACUGUCACCUGUAUGGAUACCAGCAGCCCCGGACCCCCCGCUUCACCAACGAGCCCUACCCACUGUUUGUAACAUGGAAGAUUGGUCGAGACAAAAGAUUGCGUGGCUGCAUAGGUACUUUUUCUGCCAUGAAUUUGCAUUCAGGACUCAGGGAGUACACACUUACCAGUGCCCUUAAAGACAGCCGUUUUCCACCAAUGACAAGGGAUGAGCUGCCACGGCUUUUUUGCUCAGUGUCUCUGCUCACUAACUUUGAAGAUGUCUGUGACUAUUUGGACUGGGAGGUGGGUGUGCAUGGCAUUAGAAUAGAAUUCAUCAAUGAAAAAGGAUCAAAACGCACCGCCACCUACCUACCGGAGGUUGCAAAGGAACAAGGAUGGGACCAUAUUCAGACCAUAGACUCCUUACUGAGGAAAGGAGGGUAUAAAGCUCCAAUUACUAAUGAAUUCAGGAAAACCAUAAAGCUGACCAGGUACCGCAGUGAAAAGAUGACCUUGAGUUACGCUGAAUACCUUGCUCACCGCCAGCAUCAUCACUUCCAAAAUGGCAUUGGGCAUCCCCUUCCGCCAUACAACCAUUAUUCCUGACACUGAGCCGCACAACCAGUCAGUGGGCCUCUCUGCAGACCUCUUCCCAGGAGACCCUACACCUUCUUGGUCUAGCUAUCUCUUUUACUGUACCAUUUUAUGAUGAUAGUUUCCGUUGCCAUGGUGAAGCUUUGACAUAGUCAGUUAAGACCAUCAUGGUAACGGGUAGGAGAAUGAUAUUUGUUAAGAAGAUCGCAUUUUAUUAAUUUACAUCACUGAUUUUUUUGCAGCACAUACAGCUUUUCUUUUCUUACAAUAUUAGGUAUAUUUUUGCUUUACUAUUUCAGACAGGUUUCUGUUUUCUUUCUUUUUUGCUUCCUCCUUCUUUUGACUGUGGAUGGAAGAAAAUAUGCAGUUUUUGAGGAUUUAUUAGGUUUGUCUUUAAGACAGUCAUUUUUUGAUAGCUGAGUUGGGGAUUAAUUCAUAACAAAUUCAGGUAUUUGUAUAUUACUCUUGAAUUUGCCUAAAAUUCUCUUUGCUAUGACAGUUUAUUAAUUGGGUCAAGAACACGUUUUUCCCAUGGUUAAAAUAAGUGAGCUUUAGUUUACGUAAUGAACAUUCAAAGGUCCAUGACAGGACUUGUCACAGAGAGCAAGAACUCAUUUAUGCCUUCUGUGCUGGUUAUUGUAGAAGAGACUGCCUCAUGUUAUAGAACCAACUUACAAACUAAAACACUGUUUUAGAAAAGCAUACGCUACCUUUCAAAUGGGCUGCAGAAAUCAUUUUGAAAGGCAGCCAAUAUUAGGAAGAGAUCAGAUGCAGAAUUUAGUGCCUUUGAAAAGACUAUAAUUAAGUCAAAUUAAGAGGGGUUUAAAAAGGCAAUUUAGAGAACUAUUCUUAUAAAUUUUUAUUGUUUCUAUAUAAGAAACAGCAGAUUACACAAAUUCCUUACUCCAAAGUAUUUUUUUAGCUGAAAAAAAAUUAUUUUGAGCAGAUAACCAAAAAGACAUUUGUCUAUUUUGUAUUAAUUUAAAUUUGUUAGUUUUAGGUUUCAAUGAGUCAUAAUUGGUCAGAGACAACUUUAGCUACUAUCUAAGAUGUGAUAAAGAUAAUCUAGUGAAACAAAAGUUCAUGCAUACUAUGAUUUCAAAUUUUUCUCUCAUGGAGACAAUGCUGAGUUUCAGAGAAUCUAUAAAGAGUUUGAAUCUCUUUCUGCACUACAUACUUUUGAUAGAAACACAUUUCUAUGUUGACAGAUAUUGUGUUGGACCUGUAAGGAUGGCAUUCAGAUAUAUUAAUUAGAACCCAGCCCAGUUAUAGGGCUAUCCUUCCCAUGGCACAAUCAAAGAGAACUUACCAAUGUCAAUGGGAAGCCCUUAUGUUUAUCCCCAGGAAAACCCACAGAUGAUUUUGGCAAAAGAUGACCUUUGUUUAUGGUAGUAUAUAUGCAUAUAUAGGUAUAUAGAUAUAUAUUUGGGAAAUAUAUAAUUUUUUCAAACAGGAAGUCAAUAUAACAAGUGGUGAAUGAAUUUAUGCUGCAGAAUGUAUAUUCUAAAACUAUGACAUACCGCUGAUUAUUGAAAUGUUCAAGCUUAUACAUUUAAUUGCUGUGACAAGUGACAGGCUGGUAGUUCAGAAAAUCUUUUUGCAGUUUGUAAGUUUAUUGGCUGAAUUCAUUCUCUUUGUCACCAGGGCAAAGCUUCAGUUUUUGAUGAGAGUUCUUUAAAGUUUGGUACUCCUUCAUCCACAGCAUCCAUUGUUGAAGUAACCAUUUUCAGUUCUGAUGCCUUAAGUAAGAAGCCAAUUGCUAGCCUGAAAGGCACUCUCAGUAGCCAGUUCCAACGACUGUAGAGACAAAAUAAGCUGCUGAGCUUUAGAAAGAACAAGCUUUAAAGUUCUGUUGUUUCUACCUGGACACAUUUUGGGAAUAGAUUAGUCUUUCAGUAUAAAAGCAAGUGCUGGCUACCUGAUGUUUCUUGCCCUUAAAGGGAAAGUAAGCACAAGCUAAAUGGUAUUGUCUGCUGCAAAAAAAGAAAAAGAA